AUGGCGGAGGCCGAGAAUGACUUCCAGGCCUCCGAGAGCUUCCAAGGAGCCCGGCCUGGCUAUGCCUUCAAGAUGGGCCCCAAGGGCCUUGGGUACUACCUGGACGCGAAGCAGGGCACCAAGUCUUUUUGGGCCGAGGCCAUCGCCCAGCUCCCAGAGACCUGGCGUGAGGCGCCCUUCCGAGAGGCGCUUCUGAGAGUGCAUGCAGAGAAGGGCUGCGGGGUGGGAAUGGCGCACAGCGCCUUUGGCCUGGUGGUGGAGACCGUGGACGAAGUGCCCGGGCAAGACCUGCAACCGGGCGAGGUGAUCGUGUCCAUUGAGGGCCGUGUCUUAGCCAGCUUGUCAGCACCACAAAUGCAGGCCUCCUUCCAGAAGAGACGCCUUGACGGUGCGAAGCUGCUGGUGGGCAACCACACACAGGUCAAGGAGCUGUCCCAGCGAGAUCCCAACAUCAUCCAGAUGUGGGAUCCUUUGAAGAAGCACAACUACUUCUUCCACAAGAAGUCCGGUCGCAGUGCCUGGACCCUCGAGGAGCUGCAGUCAAAGGAAGGUGGAGCUGCUGCAUCCGCGCCAGAGGCGGCCAAGAGCUCCCAGGCAGCGCCCAUUGACUUGUCCCACUUCCUUCAACACGGCUUCGCCAAGCAGAGGGAGCCGCCCCCGAAGAAGAGGCCCAAGGCAAAAGCCUCCUCGCAGAAGGAGGAGGAGGACGGAAAAGAUGAGUCUGACCUGGCCAGAGAUGACCGGGGCUCUCAGGGGUCGCUGGGAGAUUGCGUGGCUAAUGCGAGUCUUUUUUGGGAACCCGGAUGUCGCUCCAUAGGGCUUUUCACUUGGCAUCCACCCCCAGGAGCCAAGACAUCGACCCCACCCCAAAGGCACGAGUGCCCAUAG